AUGAUGCAACAACAACAACACGACUCUACCAAUCUAUUACUACUCAAAGAACCACCAGCAAACAUCCCAGCCAGUACCAAGAACGGCAUUCCCAGUCAUCAUUUACCUUCUUCGGAUGUUUCUUCUUCUUCCUCAUCAUCAUCACAACAACAACCUCUUCCACAAAUUAUUUACAAUUUCAUUGCAGGAACAUUUAUGAAUGAUGAACAUCAUCAUUCCAUCCAUAACGAUGAAUGGAUCAUUAACAAAUCACCAGCAACCAAUCAAAUCAUUUCCUACAUUCCAGCCUCUUCCGAUCGUCAUGUCCAACAAGCGGUUGAUGCCAGCAAGAAGUGUUGGCGUGAACGAUCAUGGUGUGGACUCUCCGAAGAAGAACGUGCUCAAUAUUUAGAUAAAAUUGCAAAUGAAAUUGAGAGAAGAAUGGAUGAAUUUGCAAGAGCUGAAUCACUCGAUACAGGUAAACCAAUCACUCUCGCUAAAAACUUGGACAUUGCGAGAGCUGUUUCCAAUUUCAGAUUUUUCGCACAGGCCAUUCGACAAACUCACACCAAGGCCCAUCUGAUGGGUGAUAAAGUCAUUAAUUACACCACACGAAGACCUGCUGGAAUUGUUGGAGUCAUUGUUCCUUGGAAUUUGCCAAUUUAUUUGCUAAGUUGGAAAGUAGCUCCUGCUCUGGCUUGUGGAAAUUGUGUGAUUGCAAAAAGCUCAGAAUUGACUCCUCUCACUGCCAAUUUAUUGGCUGAAGUAGUGAGAGAUGUGAAAUUACCGAAUGGAGCUUUUAAUUUAUUGCAUGGAUAUGGAAGAGAUUGUGGACGUGCUAUUGUGGCUCAUCCUGAUAUUAAUGUCAUUACAUUCACAGGUGGAACUGCUACUGGAAGAGUGGUUGCAGAAUUGGCUUCGAGACAUUUUAAGAAAUUAAGCUUGGAAUUGGGCGGAAAGAAUCCAUUUAUCGUCUUUCCAGAUUGUGACCUCGAUAAGGCCAUCGAAACUGCAAAAAGAGCUGCCUUCUUAAAUCAAGGACAGAUUUGUCUGUGUGCUUCCCGUUUCAUUGUUCACGAAUCGAUCCAUGAUCAAUUUGUGGAAAGACUCAAAAAACUCACUGAAGAAACAACAAAAAUUGGAAAUCCAUCAGAUGCUACGACAACCUUUGGUUCUCAAAUUUCUCUCGAACAUCUCGAAAAAAUUGAAUAUUAUGUGAAAUUAGCUCAACACGAAGGAGGUACCAUUGUGACUGGUGGCAAACGUCCAGAUUUGUCACAACACGAUCCACAACUCAAAGAAGGUGCCUUCUUCACACCAACGAUUAUUACUGGACUCGAUUACAAAUCUCGAACUGCAACUGAAGAAAUAUUUGGACCUGUUUGUACCAUUCACAAAUUCUCCACCGAUGAACAAGCUCUUGAAAUGGCCAAUUAUGUCGAUUAUGGAUUAUGUGCAACUGUUUUUACCAGUAAUUUAACAAGAGCUCAUCGUUUUAGUGAUGAAUUGGAAUCUGGAAUUGUUUGGGUCAAUACUUGGUUGUUGAGAGAUUUGAGAACUCCAUUUGGAGGCAUGAAAAAGAGUGGACUUCACCGAGAAGGUGGAGAAUAUAGUUUGGAAUUUUACAGUGAAGAUAAGAAUAUUUGUAUUAAUUUGUAA